AUGGGAAGACCGUUUCACACAGUAAUCAAAAUUAGAGAAACGGUCGAAAGUGGUCUCAAAACAGAAAGGAUCGUGAGCCAAGCAACAAUCAAAGCUACCACACAGGCCAUUCAAGAUGGUUCAGGCAGUUUUGGAAAUCGUAAAAGAAAAGAGGAAGUUUCUUCGCUAACAUCAAGGUCAAGAGUAUCUCCAUCUCCAUACACGGUCUUCAAUGCCCAGUCAUAUGCGCAUUUUCCCAAUCGCCCACAUUUUUGGGCCCCAACUCAAGGAAACCUUCGACCACAACGACCACCCUAUCAGGUCCCUUACAACCCUCCUUCUAUGCAAAAUUAUGCUCAAGAGCAAGGACAGAAAAGGAAAUUCACUCCAUUGGGAGAGUCCUACUCUAGCUUGUUUCAAAAGUUAAGAAAGGUAGGAGUGAUUGGGUCUAUCCCACCACAUUGUCUGAUUCCAACUACUCCAGGUUUCCAAGCCAAUGAAAGAUGUGAGUAUCAUUCAGGGGCCCAAGGACACAACACUGAUAAUUGUUGGACCUUGAAGGGGGCGAUAGAGAAGCUAAUCGACCAUGGAGUGGUCGUUGUGACAGAUGAUCAAAACACUCCCAAUGUGACUAAUAACCCACAUCCAACUCAAAACAAUUUAGUGGGUAUGAUCUGCGAUGAUCAAGAGUACAAACUCCUUGGCAAAAUGAGAAAGUUGUUUAGGAAGAUCGGAGAGGAAAACAAGCCAAUAAAGAGUUUAGAACCAGUUGCAUCUUUGAGUGUGGAAGGUGUCAACCUUGAUACCAAAGUUUUGUGUGUCCUGGGGGUUUCGAAGGGGAUUGAAGUUCGAGCAGAGCUUCCGGUAACUGAUUCAAAGGCUGUCCCUUGGAACUAUAACAAAAUCGUUGUGGUUUACCGAGGAAAGGAGAUUGUUGAAGAGGUUGAUGAAGCAGGAGGGCUGACACGCUCUGGAAGAUUACCAUGGAAGAAAGCAGUUACUGAGGAAGAAGCAGAAGAGUUUCUAAAAAAGAGAAAGGUUCCAGAUUACUCUGUUGUGGAACAAUUGAAGAAAACCCCGCCACAAAUUUCAUUGUUGUCUCUACUCUUGCACUCAGAAGAACAUCGUCGUGUGUUGAAUAAGAUUUUGAAUGAAGCACAUGUAUCGAAUGAGACCACGGUAAAUCAGUUAGAGAAAAUGGCCAAGCGCAUCUUUGAGUCAAACACCAUCACUUUCACUGAUGAUGAGUUGCCCACAGAGGGAGCUGGACACAACAGAGCAUUGCUUCUUACAGUGAAAUGUGAAGGGUACUAUGCAAAAAGUGUCAUGAUAGAUGGGGGAUCCGGGGUAGACAUAUGUCCUCUCUCUAUGCUGCAAAAAUUGAAAAUUGGCCUUGACAGAAUUCACCCCAGCAAUAUAUUUGUUCGAGCUUAUGACGGCUCAAGGCGGGAUACCAUUGGUGAAAUCAAGUUAAACAUGACAAUUGGACCGGUGGACUUUAUGAUUGUGUUCCAAGUGAUGGACAUGGACACGUCUUAUAAUUUUCUAUUGGGAAGGUCAUGGAUCCACAUGGCUCGGGCAGUCCCAUCAACUCUACAUCAAGUUGUUAAGUUUGAACACAACCAUCAGGAAAUCAUUGUGCAUGGGGAAGAUGGUUUACCUAUUUACAAAGAUCCCUCCAUUUCAUAA